CCCUGAUCUGAUCUGAUCUUGCUGACUGUGGCCAUCGAGAAGCAUUCAUUGUGCUGCCGAGGUUCCAAGCAGACACCAUGAAGAUUCAAUUAGCAGCAGCACUCUCCAAUCUCUUUUUUUGCCUGAUUUUCCUGGUGCUUAUCACAUCCUCUGCUGGAGAAGGGCUUGGAAAGGGUUUUGGAGAUCACAUUCAUUGGAGGACACUAGAAGAUGGGAAGAAAGAGGCAGCAGCCAGUGGUUUGCCUCUAAUGAUUAUCAUCCACAAGUCCUGGUGUGGAGCCUGCAAAGCUUUAAAGCCAAAAUUUGCUGAAUCCAAGGAGAUCUCCGAACUUGCCCAUAAUUUUAUUAUGGUAAACCUUGAGGAUGAAGAAGAGCCAAAGGAUGAAACUUUUAGCCCUGAUGGUGGUUAUAUUCCCAGAAUCCUUUUCAUGGAUCCCAGUGGGAAGGUCCAUCCAGAGAUUAUAAAUGAGAAAGGAAACCCAAGCUACAAAUAUUUCUACAUCAAUGCUGAUCAAGUUGUCCAAGGAAUGAAGGAAGCCCAAGAGAAGCUGACAGGGGAUGCUUUCAAACAAAAACAUCUUGGAGAUGAAUUAUAAUAU